AUGAGUGAUUAUCAUGACGAUACGUCUCAAGACCAUCCCGCAGAGUCGACCAGAGUAGUUCAAAGGCGGCGUCGACCGCCACUCUCUUGCACGGAAUGUCGUCGUCGCAAAUUGAAGUGCGACCGUUCUCUGCCGUGUGGCCAGUGUAUUAGAUCCAAAACUGCCGACUCCUGUGUUUUUGUUGGCUCUCAUCCGGGAGAAAUAUCGGGAUCUUCGCGUCGCAUGUCCCCGCCAGUGUCGCGAAUGCGAUUACCGGGUAGUCCUGAUGAGCAGCCAGCAGGAACAGCCGGUGGAAUGUUUGUGUUCGACUCGAAGAUGGGUCCUAAAUCAGAUUCAAAUCGUGUCUCCAAACGCAAUAAUCUAACAGAGCUCAAUGAGCUGCGGAACCGCUUACGUGCAUUGGAACAUGCGCUGGCCAAGCCUGGUUCCAUGCACACACCACCAGAAACAUCUGUCUGUGACAUAUACUCAGAACUUGGAACCUCCCAAAAUAGUGUUGAGGGAGCUGGUGUUGACGACCGUGUGCGAUUCUUGCCCGAUUCGAGUUUUCGGGGAAAGAAGGCCAAAACGAGAUAUUUUGGUCGCAGUCACUACACAACGACCGUAUCAUUUUUUCAGGAUAUUGGUACCUUUAUGCGACGUAGUCACAAGAAGGUCAAAGACAAAGAAUACACUGACAUGAAAAGCUUCAAGUGCGAGAUGUGGUCUCGUGAAAGCCAAGAGCAUCAGCGAGCUUUUCGAGAGCAAGCCUUCAAAUUGGACGAGAUGGUUCCAUCUCGAGCGGUAACAGAUAAGCUGGUUCAGUUAUAUCUUGACACAUUUGAAACAACCUAUAGGAUCCUGCAUGUGCCAACCUUUUUGAAACAAUACGCCGAAUACUGGGCCAGUCCUCAAAAUCCGGACAUGGGGUUCAUCGCUCGGUUACUGGCUGUGAUAGCGGCAGGAAGCCGGUUUUACAUGCCUUCGCUGGAUCGUGAUGAGCGGAAUAGUUACCUAAAACCCGCCAUGAAGUGGAUUAUGGCGGUCCAGUCCUAUAUUUCCUGCACUUUUGUCAGUCCUGAUAUUGAUCUAAAAAUGAUCCAAACACAAUGCCUUCUUCUUGUCGCUCGCCUUGCAGUCGCUAGCGAUGGCGAUGUGGCCUGGGCUUCAUCAGGGUCACUCAUUCGAUCUGCCAUGACAAUGGGAUUGCAUCGUGAUCCCACUCGCUUCCGCAAAGCGACUACCCCAUUUUGGUCAGAAUUGCGUCGUCGACUCUGGACCACAAUCGUGGAACUAGACCUCAAAAUAUCUCUAGACCGUGGGGUUACACCAUCUGUUGACUUGGAUGAAUGUGAUUGUGAUGCUCCCUCAAAUUGGGAUGACUCUGAGUUAUAUGAAAGCAUGGAAAGCAACCCGGUACCUCUCAGCACUGCGACAUAUACUCGGAACUUCUACCAGACUCUGUUGACGAGGACUUUGGAUCUACGCUAUCGCAUUGCAAAGAAGAUCAACACUUUGAGAUUUAACUUGUCAUAUGAUGAAACUUUACGAAUGAGCGAAGAGCUAGUUCGGGCGAUGAAGAAUGCUUCGGCACUUUUUGACGAUAAUGCUUCUGAAAUUAACCCUUCUGACGCUGCCCGGCACCGGUUUGCUCAGUCACUGCACCUUUUCAUUAUGCGAAAAUUUCUACUCGCAUUACAUCGGCCUUUUUCACUUAGUGUUGUGCGACUGCCCAAAUGUUCCUACUCCCGAAAAGUAUGCCUGGAGGCGUCCCUCGAGGUUUUAACGCAAAUGGAAAUUCCCUCACCUGCAGAUGCGAUCUUAUAUCCACACAUCACACAACUUGGAGCCGGAAUGUUUUGUGAUGAAACUUUCCAUGCCGCAAUUACAGUCUGUGUUGAGCUUUCCCUGCAAGCUCAGGAAGCUAAUCAGCCUGGUAGCUCUGGUAUGGAUGGUAUGGGGUCAAGUGUUCUUAUGAGCAUGAUUCAAUCUCAGCAGAAUGUGAUGCUACAAGCAGUUGAGCGUACUCUGCACGAUUUUGGUCACCGAGUUGGUGUGGGCAAUGGAAAAGGGACAAAACCAUAUUUUUUCUUGAGCAUCAUUCUAGCCUCAGUCAAGUCUCGAAUCAAAGGAGAAGAUCCGUUGGUCAAUGUUGAGGCAGCAUCUAAAAGAGCUGUUCGAGUUGGUCGGGGGAUCGUUGGCGGGCUUUCAUAUACAGAGGCCCUCGCCAACGCAGAUCGCCAAUCUCUACAGGUGAGCCUGUUUUUCCCUCCUUUAGGAGAUGAAUUGUUAUUAACAUGGGAUAUCAAGCCUCCCAUGGCCUCUGAGGGGAUCAUAGGAACCACUCCCAUGUCGAACUCCUCUAACGAUUUUGAUCUGCCUUCUUUGCUCUCAACAGACUUUGGAGAAUUUAUGCCACUUGACCUUGGUGGAUGGUUUGACACCCUAGACCCCACCGGACAAGAGCUCUGGGACAAUAAUCUAUUCAACAACUUGCCCCAGAUUCAAUGA